AUGUCUCACAAUCCAGCUAACUCUCAGCGUCCAUCGCGCGGUGGCCAGUCUCGCAAGCCUUCCGACCUUGGCGACCCAGAUCGUCGCAUCUCAAGCUCAACGACUGCCGCUCCAUCGCGCAACUUGGCGAGUCCGCCACCUGCUUCAUAUCCAACAUACUCGACUGGAUACCAUAAUCCGCCACCAGCGAUGAGCACGCAUCCACACUACCAUCAGCACCCACCACCACCACUCCAGGGCGCCGCCCCCUAUACCUCGUACGCUACCCCACCCAGCGCUGACACUUAUGGCUACGCCGGUUCCGCCUAUCAUCCCGCGCGUCAGGGCAACGAGUCGCACCCAUAUUCACGACCCCGUGCGACUCACAGCCAAUCACACAGCUCAGGUUCCGGUUCCAGCGGCGCCGCUCACGAAUCUGUCGGUGGCUCGCAUUAUGCCCCACACUACACCUCCUCGUUUCCUGCUGUGAGUUCAACCCCUCCCGGUGGUCACGCAGGGCGCACGAGGUGGGCGUGGGUUCCUAUUGAAGUACCCCAGACUCACCUUCCUGAGGAUGCUGCCCAUAUGCAGCAGCAGUACGGCCCCUAUUCAACGACCUACUUUCCUUCUCAAACUGGCUCGGCUCCUCACUCUGCUUCGACCACCUCGCAUCAAUCGUACCAGUACGCCGAGCAUCCCGUUCAAGGUACGCCUGCGUAUGGUAUGCAGAACACGCCUCCCGGCUACGCGCCCUCGUACCCUUACCAUCUCCACCCAAGUCACUACGGGCCCCCUCUUACUCACGGACACAACUCACACUCGCACGUUGCGCCGUCAGGCAGAGGCUCUUGGUCCGGAUCGCAGCACGCCGGUAUGCCGACUCCGGGUGGUUCGGGUCCUAGCAGCCGAAGAGCAUCGAAUCAGGCGAGUCGAUCCAACAGCUCUCAACGACGCACUAGCUCCAAUUCUUCCGGCAACCUCUCUUCGCCCCUCCCUGGGUCCACGCCGCUGCCUCACCGACCUUCGCGUGACGCUCGGACCCCUUCGUCGCAGCCUUCCGGACCGAUCGAGGAGGACGUCUAUUCCGAAUCAGCUGUCGCCAGCAGUGUCUCUGGACUCGCCUCGGAGGUUGACGCAGAUUUCGAUGCUGAUGCGUCCAUCGACGCGAGAGGAGCCGAGCGCGUCCCUGGGAGUGGCCUGAGGCCACACUACCACCCGCAGCAAGGUCCACGAUCCGAUUGGGUUUUGUGGUGUGGCAAUGUGCCGCAGGAUGCUACCGUCGAGGAACUCUGGGAAGUCUUCUCACGUCUCAGUCCUGACGAAUACCGACGCUGGCUUGCCACAGUGGAAGGACAAGAGCACGCAAGUGAGACGUCUGCGAUCGACGACGACGUGGAUGAUCACGGCGUUCUGUCCAUCUUCAUCAUCUCGCGUAGCAAUUGCGCCUUUGUCAACUACGCCACCUCGACCCAUCUCGAUCGAGCGGUCAAAUACUUCCAGGGUAAGCAGGUGCGACCUCGCGACACUCGAUGCCCUAAGCUUGUCUGCCGUGUUCGCAAGAAGGACGACGAAGCUCAGGCUGGUGUCGCCGGUCAACGUGGUCGAGGCAUUCAUGUCGCCUGGCUCAAGCAGCAGAGAGAGCUCGAGCGAGCGCAAAACGCAUCUACUGCCGAUCGAAAUCCGUCCGAGACGUCUUCUCAGCCUUCCAGUGAUGUUCUGACGUCGCCGCUCAAAGACACGCAGGCGGUGGCCGCAGGACUCACAUCGGCUGCUUCGUACAGCUCGAGCGGUUCCGCGUCGUAUGCAUCCACCAACUCGUCCCUCUUCCGUCAUCCUGCCUUUCGCCAUCGCUUCUUCAUCCUCAAGAGCCUUCGCGCCGAUGAUCUGGAUCGAUCCGUCGAGACCGGCUACUGGGCCACACAGCCACACAACGAGAAUGUGCUGGACCAGGCUUAUCGCAACAGCGAGACGGUCUUUCUCAUCUUUGGUGUCAAUCAGACCGGCCAGUUCCAUGGCUACGCCAAGAUGGCCGGACCCAUCCACACUUCGACCAAUGACAGCAAGGAGAAGGAAGAACAGGUGCGCCGCGCCAGUCAGGCCUCGACGCUGUCGGUCGUGACGGGCAAUCUCUCGGCGACCGCCGUUCCCGAUUCGGUCGACGAGAAGGUCGGCGAGUCUCACAUUGUCGCCUCUCCCUUGGAUGCCGAAGCGCGAUCUCAUCCGACAUUGGACAAGCGCGACAUCGAGGCGGCUAGGGGCUUGUUCGGAGCGCUCGUCGUCGACGGUGUCUUGGACGCUCGCGGUCAGCCCAUGACAUCUCCUCUGCCCAUCACGCCGAAUCCGGAAGAAGGUGCAUUUGAGAAGAGCUUGUCCAUGUCACCUCAGCGUGACGACACGAUCACUCCUCAAAACGCCGACGCGUACGUCCAAUCCAGCACCUGGCCCUACACCUCGACGAAGAGCACCAUCAGCGGUAACAACACCUCCGAGUCCGACAAGACGGAGCGACCCAAACUCGGCUCGGCACUCUCUGCAGAUCGCUCAUCUGCUCGCGUCGCUGCAGAGUCGGACGAGCAUGGCGUACGCCGUAUGGACAUGGAGCCGGACUCAUCGCAGACCAGUUCGAGCCUCAAUGACCAACCGUCACUGGCGCCGAGCGACUCAGCUUCAUGGUCGUCGGCCGAUCCACGCGUGGCUGAGCAGAUCGCCUUGCGCGCGGUGAUCCACAACCUGCGUCUCGACGAAAUGGAAUCGCGUGGUCAAGCGGAAAGGCUCGAGAGUAAGCUUCGGUCUACUCCCGGCCACACUGAUGACGACACUACGGGCAAAGGCGAGGAGGCGCCUCCAAGUCAAGGCGACGAGCCUCGAUCGCCACCACGUCAAUCCUCUUCGGAUUCGUGGGGCAAGCCGUUCCGCGUCGAAUGGGUUCGCACCGAUCCGCUGCCGUUCCAGAGGGUCAAAAGGCUGCGCAAUCCAUGGCGAGACAAUCGCCAGGUCAAGGUCUCGCGCGAUGGCACGGAAUUGGAGCCUGGAGUCGGGCGUCAAUUGCUUGAAGAGUGGAAUCGGUUGCAUGCUCCUGCUCUCGUCGACAGCACCAAAGCCAGCAGCAAGGUGGCAGAUACGUCGCCGUCAUCUGCUGGACGCAACGCAAGCGAUGAAGACGAGUGA